AACUUCAAAAAACAAAAACAAAAAAUAUAGAAAAAUAUAGAAAAAAAAGAAAAAGAAAUAAUAUUCUUACCCUGUUCUUUUUUCCCCCUCUAAUUAAAAAAUGGCAAAAAACAUACUAGCCAUCUGUCUGAUGUUUCUAGUAGCAUCAAGUGUAAUCUAUGAGGCGCAAGGGUCGUUCUUGUUAAAGAUGUACCUUAAGAGGAAACUAUUUCCAAGACGGUGCGUAGACUUUACACCUUAUGCGUACAAGGGUAUGAUGUUGUUGGUGGGCAACCUUGAAGGUGGGUGUCCCGCGACAAGAGAGUUCAAACAAUUCUUCUCAACUUUCAAGUCUUACAUGGCCUACAUCAAUUCGGCCUCGGCGUCAUCUAAAAGCGUUGAUGUCGAGCUGACAACGAAAUGCGAUUUGCUCGCCAAGGCUAUGUCUGCAUUGUCUGGUGCUCAAAGCGUAAGCUCCGAUUUUAAGCUUACCAUGUUGUCAAUGGGAAAGACUUUGAUUGAGCAGAAGAGGAAAGGUACAGUGAUCAUGACACUUCAGCAAAAGAAAGAGUUGGUUAAGUCUAUGGUGAGUUGGACUAGAAUGCUCCUUACAUUCGUGAAGACAGCCUCCGAGAAGAGAGGAAAGUCAAUCGAUGUAGCAUCUUACGGAGUUGAUGUCGAUGUUAAUUCCAUUGUUGGAAGCACCGAAAGUGAUUCUUCAUCUGCCAAUACCGGAAGCCGAAACAGCGAUUCCUCUUCCACUGGAAGUGGUAGCACCUCAUCCGGAAGUGCCACGUCCUCCAGAUCCGGAAGUUCUUCUUCUUCUGGAAAUGCUGCCUAUACCGGAAGUGGAAGCACUUACAAAGACACUACCGGUGGAGGUUCAGGCAGCCCGAGUGGGAGUCCCACUGGCAGCCCUUCUAGCUCAACUUCUGCUACUGAUGAAACCUCAGGAAGCACAAGUGGUAGCGGAAGCGCAAGUGGUAGCGAAAAUGCAAGUGGUAGUGGAAGCACAAGCGGUAGCGGAAGUGCAAGUGGUAGCGGAAGUGGAAGUGCUUCUUACAAAACCAAACAAUCCGCAAGUGGAAGCUCUGCAUCCGGCUCUAGCAAAUCUGGAAGUGUAAAUUCAUACUCAGACGCUACUGGUGCAACUUCGGGCAGCCCGAGUGGGAGUCCUACUGGAAGCCCUUCUGGCUCAACUUCAGCCAGUGGUGAAAACUCUGUAAAAGGAAGCGCAAGUGGUAGCGAGAGCGCAAGUGGUAGCGGAAGUGCAAGUGGCAGCGGAAGCGCGAGUGGUAGUGGAAGCGCGAGUGGUAGUGGAAGUGCUUCUUCCAAGACUAGCAGCGAAAGCAAAGGUACAUCUUCGAGCGCAAGUUCAUCCAGCAUGUCAGCGAAACAAGUGGAGAGUGAAACUUCCAAAGAAGUAAUGUCAUUCAUCUCGGGCCUCGAGAAGAAGUAUGCAGGAAAGGCAGAACUUAAGGUCUUCUUCGACAAACUGAAGACUUCCAUGUCUGCUUCCUCAAGGCUUUCUGCCACAGACGCAAAAGACUUUGUUUCUGGAAUGAGAUCUGCUGCUGGGAAACUGUCUGAAGCAAUGGCUUUCGUGCGUUCAAGGUUUAGCAAAUCAGAAGAGAUGAAGAGCACCAUGGAAACUUACCAAGAACAAGUGAUGAAGACUCUCAAAGAAUUACAAGACAUUAACAGCAAAAUCGUGAGCCAGAGUCAAGGCAAGACAGUGACGUCCACACAAAAGACAGAGCUGAAGCAGACAAUCACUAGAUGGGAACAAGUCACCACCCAAUUUGUGGAGACUGCUGCUUCUUCAAGUUCAUCUUCAUCGUCCUCUUCAUCUUCAUCUUCGUCUCAGCAGAAGGGUUCCAUGAACGCCCAGAGUUCCAUGAAAUCCCAGAGUUUAAUGAACGCCCAGGCCAGUUGAGCUAUGUUAAUACGCCACAAGUCAUCA